UCACCCUGAGUCUGAUUAAAUUAAUCGAUAUUCAGGAUUAUCUACAGAAGUAUUUGCUUGAUAUAAUCUCUAACAUUAUUUCUCAGGAAGACUGAACAAACUUGGCGCAGAAAUAGUCAAUUCAAUUCGUUUAUGUUCUGUUAAUCCCUGUAGCAGUCUAAUCUCUGUCUCUCCCUGUUAAAUAUCUGGAGCCCGUCUGAAACAGGGGCAACGAAAGAAUCUGCGCGCCUGAUCUGCAAAACGGGACGCCGUUGAAAGAGCCCGGCGAAACUGCCACACACCAAGCUACAGGCACUUGGAGAUAGCUGCUUCCGGGACUGUAGUGAGGAGGAUUGCGGCCGCGGCUGGCAAUGGGACUGUGAAUAACGACUGGUCUUCAUACACAACAAUGAACUCCGCGGCCGUGUUUAGAAUUCACCAUGGAAAAUAGGCUGUUACAAAGAGCGUGAAACGGCAUUCUCACACAACCCAGAAUCAUUCUACAACGCUCCUAGUAUGUACUCUCCGCUCUGCCUGACUCAGGAUGAAUUUCACCCCUUCAUCGAAGCCCUGCUCCCCCACGUCCGUGCUUUCUCCUACACCUGGUUCAACCUGCAAGCCCGCAAACGCAAGUACUUCAAGAAGCACGAGAAGCGGAUGUCCAAGGACGAGGAGAGGGUGGUCAAGGACGAGCUCCUCGGAGAGAAGCCCGAAAUCAAGCAGAAGUGGGCGUCCCGGCUCCUGGCGAAACUGCGGAAAGACAUCCGGCCCGAAUUCCGUGAGGAUUUCGUGCUCACCAUCACCGGGAAGAAAGCUCCUUGCUGCGUUCUCUCCAACCCCGACCAGAAAGGCAAAAUCCGGCGCAUCGAUUGCUUGAGGCAGGCUGAUAAGGUGUGGAGGUUAGACCUGGUAAUGGUCAUACUGUUCAAGGGGACUCCCUUAGAAAGUACUGAUGGUGAACGUCUGGUGAAAUCACCACAGUGCAGUAACCAUGGCCUGUGUGUCCAACCUCAUCACAUUGGAGUUUCCGUCAAAGAGCUUGACUUAUACCUGGCCUAUUUUGUGCACAACCCCGGUGGUGCCUGCGUUUUCUCGGCGAGUGGUGCAGUCCAUCUUGUAGACGGCUCACCCUUCAACCAUGGUGCUGGAGGAGAGGAUCGUUCAGAGUCAGGACAAUCUGAAAGCUCGAACCAGCAAGGAGAUGCAGAUGUCAAACCACCACCUAAUGGCCAUUUGAAUUUUCAAGAUUGUUUUAUCACAUCGGGAGUGUUCAGUGUAACGGAACUUGUGAGAGUGUCACAAACGCCUGUGGCGGCCGCCUCAGGCCCCAGCUUCAACCUGGCCGACCUGGAGAGUCCCGGCUACUACAGCAUCAACCAGGUGCCCCUGGGUCGUCGCAGCAUCACCACACCCCCCUCCACCAGCUCCACCAAGCGACACAAGUCGAUCGAGGACAGUGAGAUGGAGAGCCCUGUGGACGAGGUCUUCUACUCGGGCACUGGACGAUCACCGGCUGCCGGCAGCAGCCAGGGCACUGGCUGGCCCAACGACAUGGACACAGGUUUCUUCCCAGGAAUGACAUCGCCCACUUCUCUGAAGAAGUCGACGAAGCAUGAGUUUGGUAGUGGGGCGUCAUCGCAGAGUGUCUCGUCCCGGAUGGCCUUUACACAUCACCCCCUGCCCGUGAUUGCAGGGACCAGACCAGGAAGCCCUCGGGCACCAGCCUCUGCGAUCCACUUCCCCUCAUCCUCCAUCAUCCAGCAGCCAAGCCCCUACUUUGCCCACCCGACCAUCCGCUACCACCACCAUGCCAGCCAGGACCCCCUGAAGGAGUUUGUCCAGCUCAUCUGCUCCGACAGCUCGAGCCAGGCCUCAGGACAGGUGGGGUACCUAAACCCAAAUGGCGGCAGCCAGGGGAAGGUCGCGGGGUCAUUUCUACUGCCACCGCCGCCGCCCAUGGCCAGGCCGGUGCCCCUACCGAUGUCUGACCCAAAGUCAAGCAGCGCAUCCCCUGAAGGAGGAGCCACGUCACCCACCUCGCCCUCGUACCCCACACCCAGCUCCUCGGCUGCAAACCGAUUUGUCAGCAUUGGGCCCCGGGAUGGGAACUUUGUAAAUAUCCCGCAGCAGUCACAGUCUUGGUUCCUCUGAUAGUUUCAAGCCUUUUCCCAUUGGCCAGCGACGAGACCAACCUGAUACCUUCCUUGACACAAGUAAAAUUGACCGAGAGAGAGCGAGAGAGCGAGAGAGAGAGAGAGAGAGAGAGAGG